AUGAUUUGGUACUUGUUGUAUCCGCUCAGAGGAACCACUGAAGCCCCGGCCCUCUCCCCGACUCACCCUUUGCGCAAGGCUUUCACGCGCUACGGCCGAUAUGCAGCCCGGCAUGUGGUCACGACACUGCUCGUGUCUGCUGCUGUAGCCACCAUCUUGCUGUAUCCGAUUCCGUUUCUGUUCACAACCGACUUCAUCAAUGGCGCGUCAAAUCUCCCACAUCAUGCCUGGACCGUGGCGCAGCCUCUCCCAUACCACGUGGUUGCAGAGCCCGACAUCAUCAUGCGCUCAGUAUGGGUCCAUGGUAGCUACAUGCAAGCGCUCGACCCGAAGCUACUGGUGUCAGCACUGGCCCUUCAGGAUGAGCUGCUUGGGAGCACCGAGGACAUCGAUCCCAGAGACGACGCUGAAGACACGAAAGGUCACCCUUACAAUUCUUCCUAUGGCGAGCCCACACUCACAGAGCGCGACGCUGCACACGCGAUGAACGGCUUCACCAACCAGUCGUGGUUCUUCCAUUCGCCAUUGCAAUACUGGGGAUGUUCCAAAGCGCGAAUCCUGGCUGACGACGAUGUAAUUUCAACCGUGAACUAUAUGAAAACGAUGUCGACCGCGGUCAAUGUCACUCUGCGGCACUCGGUCGUCUUCAGCGGCAAGCGUUUCGAAUAUCGGCGAUUGGUAGCUGCUGAUGCUCUCGUCAUAACUCUGUUACAUCGGCGAGACUCGCCCAUUGGGCGGCAGUGGGAAAAGAAGGCAGCUCUUCUGGCUACCCAGGUCACGGAUGAGUGGGAUGUCUACCCCCCAGAUGGAAUCAUAUCGUCGAGUCGAUUAUAUGAGUUCCAAUUUCGGCCGAUUUCUACACAGGACACUCUUACUUUGACGCUGGCAUAUGGGCUUGCCAUUGGCUACUUUGUAGUGAGCUUGUUCAAGGUUCGCGCCGUGAAGUCCAAGGUUGGCCUUAUGAUUACAGUCGUCACACAGAUUGUGUUCGCUAUAAUGUCAAGCUUCACCGUGUGCGCUGUGUUCAACAUCGAUCUCUCAAGGAUUCCAAGAGCAGCCUAUCCUCUGGUCAUCCUUGCAAUGAGCCUUGAGAACAUCUUCCGAUUGAUCAACGCCGUCAUACUGACGCCCUCUGAAGACAGCACCACGAGCAGAAUUGGCCACGCCUUUGGCGAAACCGCGCCAGUAGCCCUGGCAAGCACAGCGCAGAACGUCCUCAUCUUGACGGUCCUCGCAAGCGUAGUGUCGCCGGGGGUUUCCGCUUUCUGCAUAUUCUUGGCAGUAGCAAUCGUCUUCGACGUGUUCUAUCUCGCCACGUUCUUCCUAGCUGUGCUGAGCGUCGAUGUACGGAGAACGGAGUUGAGCGAUGCGCUCGCCAAAGUGGCCAUGCGGCAAACCCGUCGCGCAGUCGAGCCUCGUCGGCGGACAUGGAUCGAGCAGGUCGUUCAUGGACAGACAGCCUUGUCAACCCGUAUUGCGGGUACCUUUGUCAUGAUAGGCUUUGUCGUCAUUGCGCAAUGGCACUUUUUCCAAGGGCAAACGAUGCUGAACACCACUAUCGGCCUGUUUUGGGACUCGGCAGUUCAUCUAUUCGGGUCGUCAAAGACAUCCGAGCUUGAGGCCAUUAACCAAGCGAGAAGCCCGACAUCCUGGCUCCGGCUGCAAGACCACGAGACCGCGCAAGAGCUGAUCAACAUCAUCAAGCCUUCAGCACAUAGUUACACUGCACAAGUGCAUGACCCCUUGGUCUUUGUCAAGAAAGGGGCCGAUCGAAGCAGUCGUGGAGAUGAGCCUACUCUGCUGCCGGCCUACUACGACUUUAUCAAUCACCAUCUCACGCAAUUCGUCGUCAUUGUGGUUGUUGUCAUCGCCGCCUUGCGCUUGCUCAUCAGCUAUCUUCUGUACGAGGACAAAGCGCACAUCGAGGAAGAAGGCAAUUGGGAAGACACGCCGCUGAUAUCCAUACAGCACCUACCCAAAGGUCAUGAUCUCGAUGUUGUGAUGCUGACAGCUUCGCUAGAUGGACACAUUGUGUCCGUCGGCCUUGACCGGAUGAUCCGGGUGUGGAAUGCGCGAUGCGACCGAGACAACUACGCCCUACCAGAGCAUCCCUCAGACGUCGGCAAUGUAUUUCCGGUCUUGGCGCUGGCAGUCGAUGAUGCGUCGCGGUGGCUUGCCAUUGUCUCUCCUCAGCGUGCGUUGUUCUGGAGCUUGACUGACAAGUCCUGGGUGCCGUCGGUCAAGAUAGCAUCCUUGCCACAACGCCCAGCUUGCAUCUUCUUCGCGCAAAGUAACAAUGAUCGGAGCCCUGCGUUGGUUGUUGUCCGUCGCGAUGGUGCGGUCACUGAGCUCACCACUGACGAACGCCACCAAACCUCAGACUUUGUCCUAUGUGAGGAUGGGCUGGCGUACGCGGAGCCUCUCGUUUUUCGGGGCCAUGGCACGAUAAAGCGCAAGGCCCGCUUCACUCUUUUGGCCAUCUCCAAAAAAGGUUCUGUUUGCCUGGCUUCGCGGACUGAUUCGGAGUGGACAUCUCGGCAAGUCCCGGCGGCAUGGUUCGGUUCUCAGAAGCCGCACCAAAUAUCAGGUGUGGCUUCGCUGGGAUUGUUCGCAGUUGCGACGGCAGCACGCGUUCACUUGUUUGAUGUCGAGCACUGCGAGCUCCUCUACACUGUUGAGACGGAGAUGAUGAAGCCUAGGUCGUUGCACUUUGCGUGCACGACUCAAAGAACUGCGCAUAUAGACUCGCCAGGCAUCACGUCGCUGACCAUGGCUUACAUUGAGGCAGAGACAGGCGAUUGUAUACUGCAUACAUUUCUCCCUUCGGAAGAUUUCGACUCCAUUGGCCUGCACGCGCCCUCGGGCGCUACAGAUGGUGAAGGCUGUGCCUGGGGUGAUGCGCUCUUGACGAGGCGAAGAGUCAAGAACCCGGGCAGUCACAGCGUUUUAUCCGACGGUAGCGUGGUCGGCAUUCGUCGAAGGAAUCCCCGUGAGCCCGAGAACGGAGGCCAAUGCCGUGGUUCGCAGGAAGGACUACGGAAUCGGUUCACCUCCCGCAGCCAGCCCAGGCCCGAACACAUCGAAUGGGAAGCUUGGACGGUGUCACUAAGUGCGCGCGCUGGAGCCGAUGAGGAGAGACCGCUGUUCAGCGCCAAUGAAGUGCCCAUUCAUCUGUUGGUCUCUAGCUUGGGGCCCCAAGUCAAGAUGGGUAUGAUGUCAAUCGUAUUCUCGCUGGGCAACAUGGUCAAGCUGGUGACCGUGGGCGGAAUCGAGAGAUACGGGACCAACGCAGACGACGCCGCGCAAGAAAACCUGCUCAACAUGGCGAGCCGGCGUCGCAAAGGCGGAGGUACUUGGCGACCACGAGGAUGGACAUGA